AUGGAUCGAGCCGAGCCAGUGGCUUAUCCUGGUCGUCUGGUCCAGCAUCACCCAGUGGAUCAGCGUACUCAAGUGGCUCAGCCAGAUCCUCUAGAGCGGCACAGCAGUGACAAACCGGGCAGCGACAAACCGGGCAGCGACAAACCGGGCAGCGACAAACCGGGCAGCGACAAACCGGGCAGCGACAAACCGGGCAGCGACAAACCGGGCAGCGACAAACCGGGCAGCGACAAACCGGGCAGCGACAAACCGGGCAGCGACAAACCGGGCAGCGACAAACCGGGCAGCGACAAACCGGGCAGCGACAAACCGGGCAGCGACAAACCGGGCAGCGACAAACCGGGCAGCGACAAACCGGGCAGCGACAAACCGGGCAGCGACAAACCGGGCAGCGACAAACCGGGCAGCGACAAACCGGGCAGCGACAAACCGGGCAGCGACAAACCGGGCAGCGACAAACCGGGCAGCGACAAACCGGGCAGCGACAAACCGGGCAGCGACAAACCGGGCAGCGACAAACCGGGCAGCGACAAACCGGGCAGCGACAAACCGGGCAGCGACAAACCGGGCAGCGACAAACCGGGCAGCGACAAACCGGGCAGCGACAAACCGGGCAGCGACAAACCGGGCAGCGACAAACCGGGCAGCGACAAACCGGGCAGCGACAAACCGGGCAGCGACAAACCGGGCAGCGACAAACCGGGCAGCGACAAACCGGGCAGCGACAAACCGGGCAGCGACAAACCGGGCAGCGACAAACCGGGCAGCGACAAACCGGGCAGCGACAAACCGGGCAGCGACAAACCGGGCAGCGACAAACCGGGCAGCGACAAACCGGGCAGCGACAAACCGGGCAGCGACAAACCGGGCAGCGACAAACCGGGCAGCUGGCAGCGACAAACCUGGCAGCGACAAACCUGGCAGCGACAAACCUGGCAGCAACAAACCUGGCAGUAA